AAAACCCUAAAACACCUACGUUUCGUCUUCCGCACCGUACCGAGUUAAAUCUCUGUCUCCGCCUCUCUCGUUUUCUACGGUCGUCCGCCGCCGCCGCCGCCGAUCGCUUCUCGUCGCCCGGCCCAGCUCGCCUCCGAAUCUCGCUCUCCAUCAUCUCGAGAUGCAGUGCUGGCGAGGGGUUGGAUCGAAAGUUGGGGUGGCUGGCGCGAGGAUGGGAGGGAAGAAGGAGAAGAGAGGGAGAAGAGAGGAGGAUCGGAUCGGUGUCGCGAUGGGUGUGGAUCGCCGUGAGGUCGACGCGGGCGAUGGAGUCGAGAAUGGUGAUGAUAAGGUCGAUCGAGAUAAGAAGAAGGGUAAGACGAAAAGGGAGGUUCUUGGGGAUGGGAGUGAAUUUGUAGCGGAAUAUGGGAAGGGUUCCGUUGGUGAUGAGAACGAAGGGGGUCGCAGCGAGAAGAAGAAAAAGAAGAGGAAGCGAGAAGUAGGCCGGGACGAGAAGGAGCUCGAGAAGGCGGUGAAGAAGGGAAGUACACUUAGCGAGGGCAAUGAACGCGGCGGAGGUAAGAGUGUCUCAGAGGUCCCCCAGAUUGUCGAAGAUGGAGAUGGGCGCACGAUGGUGACUUUGAAAACAUGGAAGAAAGACUGCAGAUCCAAACAAAGAAGAAAAAGAAUAAGAAGCACAAAGAUUUUAAGAAGAUGGAUGACGUAGAUGCGGCUUUCUCAGCAACUAAGCAUUUUGCAGACGACAGACAUGAGGCGGGUGUUCAGGAGCAGAACAAGUCUUUGGUUAAGAACAUCGAGGAAAUAAAAGAUACAGAUGAAGGCGGUAUAAGGAAGAAAAAGAAGAAAAAGGGGAGGAGGGAUAGUGAUCCUGUCGGGGAUAACCAAAAGGAGGAGGAAGCAAGUAGAUCUUCUGAUGCGGAGAUAGCGAAAAAGGAUAUUCGUGAGAAGGAGAGGAGAAAGAGAAAGAAACAGAAACGGAUUGAGGAACAGGGUCAUGUAGCAAGUGGAAAUCUUGAUAAGGAGUACAUGGAAUCUGAAGCUUUUACAAAUGACAAUAUGGGGAGUGAAGAGAAGAAGCCAAUAAAAGAUAGGAAGCGCAAGAAGGACAAGGCUGCAAAAGGUGGUAUUGAAGGAAAAGAUCGAAAAAAGAAAGCAAAGAGAGUAAGUUUUGCUGAAAAUGUUGAGUUUUUUCCUCCCUCAGAUGGUCUGAGCGAGGAAGAUAAUAGCAAGGAUGGAAACCUUGUGCGGGGUAAGAAAUUCUCGAAAGAAGAAGAUGAGCUAGUCAAAGAGGCUGUUUACAAUUAUAUAGAAGCUCAUAACUUAGGUGAAGAUGGCUUGAAGAUGGUACUUAACUGUGGAAGCCAUCCCGAGGCCAGAAAUUGUUGGAAGGAAAUAGGCGCAUAUUUACCUUGGAGGCCUAAUGAAAGCGUAUAUCAUCGUGCUCAUCUGCUAUUUGAAAGAAGCGAGAAUCGUACCUGGACUCCUGAAGAAUGUGAGCUUGUUCGCAAGUUUCAUGAGCAACAUGGGUCAAAUUGGAGGACGUUGGCUGAUGCUCUUGGUAGACACAGGUUUCAUGUGAAGGAUACCUGGCGAAGAAUAAAAUUUCCAUAUAAGAAAGGACCUUGGUCCCAGGAUGAGUACCAGCAACUAUUUGAUCUAGUAAACAUGGACCUACGAAUGAAAGCUGCUGAGGAGAGAAAGUCAAAGCAUGGCAUGCUUCUUGACAAUAUUGCCUGGGGGGCUAUAAGUGACAAUUUGGGCUCUCGCAAUCAUGCUGUUUGUUGUGAGAAGUGGUACAAGCAGUUAACAUCUCCUAUGGUAGCCGAAGGCACUUGGGCAGAUACCGAUGACUAUCGGUUGCUCAAUGCUCUUGUUGAUCUGGAUGCUUGCUCAAUUGAAGAUGUCGACUGGGACAAACUCAUUGAGAAUAGAUCUGGGGAUUUAUGUCAAAAGCGGUGGAACCAAAUGGUUAAAUACAUUGGCAGUUACUGGAGCAAGUCAUUUCCUGAGCAGGUGGAAAUUCUUUCAGAACGAUAUUGCCCUGAUAUGCUGGAAGCAAGGGAGAUUUACGCUAACAAGCCUAAAGUUUUGUGACACCAACUUCCUUCGUGUGAGUAAAAGCUUUUUGAGCAUUUUGAAGCCACCUAAAUGAUGUGAUCUUGCGUCUUAUGGUUUAUCAAGUUCAUCUUCUUAGCAGCACAGGGUGUUGCAUUCUUUCCCUUCUGAAUGUAUUUUGCUUCGGGUAUCCUUAUCCUUAUAUUGAGAUGAAUUUUGCUUAGAGUAAUGUAAAUUAUAUGUUAUAUUCGAGUUUUGUUUUUGUCUCACCACAGGAGACAGAAGACUGAAGGUGUUCAAUAUAAAUCAAUGGGUUGAGAAUGGAGGGAAACCAUUAUAAGAUGAUUGUUCUGCCGUUGUGCAAUAUCUUUUCUUGUCUGGUACA